AUGAAUAGUGUUAUUGAAAUAAUUAAAUCCACUCAUGGAAAUGAUAAAGUUUGUUUCAAAGAUUUUAUGUACGUACGUCAAAAAGAUUGCAAGUAUUUUAUUAGAUGGAGAUGUUCAAAAUUUAGUUCAUUCAAAUGUCCAGCUAUUUUAAAAACAUCCCACACAAUAAAAAAUCCAAGAGAAAUCCACGAACAUAAUCAUUCUGCAGAUAAAAAUGCUAUAGCUGCCAUAAAAAUUCAAAGAAAGAUAAAAAAAAAAGCUUUAGCGUCAAAUGAUACUCCCGGCCAAAUAUUUUCCGAGGCAAUCGAAAAUGUCGCAGUAGAUAUUUUAGCUGAAUUGCCUAAGGAAGCUUAUAUUAAACGUACCAUUAGAAAUCAUCGAAGUUAUCAUAAUCCAAAGGAACCUCAAAACAUACAUGAAAUUAUUAUUCAAGGUGAAUGGGCUUUUAUUAAUGAUGAUAGACUAUUAUUGAGGGACAAUGGUCCAGGGGCAUCUGAAAGAUUAGUUAUGUUUGCAACAGAUGAUCAUUUAAAACUCCUUACAGAAUCAGACACCUGGUACUUAGACGGGAAUUUCGGAUUGUCCCCAAAAUUUUUCUUACAGUUAUACGUAAUACGUAUAAAAAAAAAUAAUGUAUUAUUAACUUCUAUUUAUUGUAUUUUACAAAGAAAAACUAAAUCUACAUACGUGGAAAUGUUCCAAAUUAUAAUGGAAGAAUGCGCUAAACGAAAUUUAUAUCCCGACCCCAAAUACUUACACCUUGAUUUUGAAAGUGCAGUUAUUGAAGCAGCAAAAGAAGUAUUAGGUGUUCAUAUAAAUGUAAGAGGCUGCUUCUAUCAUUUGUGCCAAUCAACGUUCCGAAAAGUGCAAGAACUCGGUCUAGCCACAAUGUACAAAAGAGAUGAAGAAUUUCGGAAACAUUGUGGAAUGGUUGACGCACUUGCAUUCCUUCCUUUGCACCUUGUAGAAGAAGGAAUGACGUAUUUAAAAGACAAUUUACCUGAAAACCUCACAGAUCUGUUAGAUUAUUUUGAUGCAUACUACGUUAAUGGCAAAUAUCGAAGAAUAGGAAGUGAUGAAAAUAAUAUUAGGUUUCGAAAACUACCACCGAUGUACCCUCCAGCUGUAUGGAACGUAAAUGAAAGUACCCUCAAUAACUGCAACAGAACCAACAACAUUGUUGAAGGAUGGAACAAUAGGUUCUCAAAACUAGUUGGUCAAAAACAUCCCACAAUAUGGAAACUGAUAAGAAAAAUUAAAAAUGAAAUUAAUGCCGAUCGAUCAAAGUUAGCAAUAGAUGCUUUAGGUGAACCCGAAGAGAGUAGUACAAAAAGAGGCCACUAUAAAACUAUAAACAUCCGUCUCAAAGAAUUAGUCAAAAGACAAAAUGAAGGUAACAUAACCAUUGGAGAAUUUUUGACAGCUGUGAGUAAUAAUAUACGCAAGAGAUCAACUUUUUAA